AUGGCAGGCCCGGUCGAGGUUCGUGCAUCAAAUGGGCUGAAUUGGAAGCCAGCAGCUUUGACCAGAAAAAUACCUGGCAUUAAAGAUCGGUUUAUAAUUGGUAAUGCGUUAGAUAUAAUAAAACCACCAGUGGAACUUUUUAAAUAUUUGAGAGACCUAGCAAAAAAACAUAAAGGCAUUUACAGAUUCUGGUGCUUCCCUUUUGGAGCAGUUUUUAUUUACAAUCCAGAAGAUAUUGAAAAAAUUUUAUCUAGCACCAAGUAUAAUCAAAAAAGUGACAUUUACACGUUUUUGCAACCAUGGCUUCAGGACGGUUUGUUGUUGAGUUAUGGUGCAAAAUGGCAAAGCCGCAGAAAGAUACUUACACCAGCUUUUCAUUUUAAAAUUUUGCGUAAAUACUUCACAAGUCUCGAAGAAAAUUCUAACCGUCUGGUGAAUAUAGUAAAUGCAGUUUUGGAUGUUAAUGUGGAUGUCGUACCAAUCAUAUCAGAGUAUACGCUGAAUAGUAUUUGUGAAUCUGCAAUGGGGACAAAACUAACUGAUGAAUGCCGGAAAGUUAUUAAUGAAAGAAGGAAGAAUUUUGUGUGUAACGAAAUUGAUUUAUGUGAAAACACUAAUGAUAAAGAUGACGACGACGACGAUAACGUGUAUAAUGAAAAGAAGAAGGCAGCAAUGUUAAAUUUAUUGCUUUUGGCAGAAAAAGAUGGUUUGAUAGAUACCGCUGGCGUUGAAGAAGAAGUUGAUACCUUUAUAUUCGAAGGUCAUGACACUACUGCGUCGGGGUUGACGUUCUUGUUAAUGUUGAUCGCUAACCAUCCUUAUAUACAGGAUAGAAUUGUAGAAGAACUAAAAGAGAUAUUCCGUGAUACGAAGCGAGCCGCUGCAAUGGAAGAUUUUGCCGCGAUGUCUUAUCUUGAUCGCUGUAUAAAGGAAUCUCUACGCUUGUAUCCUCCGGUACCUAUGAUUAGCCGAAAACUAGAUGAAGAUGUCCAGCUCAGUAAAUAUACAGUUCCGGCGGGAACUUUGUGUCACAUACAAAUUUACGAUCUACAUCACAAUGAACGCUUGUAUCCGAAUCCCUUAAAAUUCGACCCUGAUCGGUUCCUGCCAGAGAACGUUGCUGGUCGUCACAAUUAUGCUUACGUGCCAUUCAGCGCGGGACCAAGGAAUUGUAUCGGUCAGAAAUUUGCGAUGAUGCAGAUGAAAUCGGCAGUGUCGGCGAUUUUAAGGAACUACGUGCUGCUCCCCGUAACCAGCUGUUCGGACCUUUGCUUUCAGUCUGAUCUAGUAUUGAGGAAUUCCAAACCAGUUUUUGUUCGAUUUGUUAAGAGAGAAAAUUCUAUA